AUGGGCGUGGAGUCCGUCGGCAGCAGCCCUCGAUCUUCGUUUGACCUCGACGAGAACGACCCCGAGACAGCAUUAAACCCGCAUGCCGAUGAGAACGACACAGCAGUCCCGCUCUUCCCGCUUCGGCGGCUCGACCAAGAUGGGAACCAUGUGGGCUCGUUUCCCCUCGCCGGGUCGGGGAAUGCCAUGUCAGUCUACGUGACGAUGCAUAGGAUCCGUCGUUUGCUCGUUGCAGCGAUCGACGAUACGUAUACUCUCGAUGAGCUUCGAGCUCCCCAUAUGGACCGCCUGCUUGUCCGCCCGCUUGUCGACCGCCUUUACAACCCGGGAGAUCCGGCUCUAGUCUACUGUCUCGUUGCCAAUCGCGUCCAAUUCCUGCGGCCCCGGUCGAACGAGGCCUUCCACAAAGGCAUCAACGAAUCCCGCGCACUUCUCUGCGAGUUGCUCGCCACCCGUCUCUUACGCCGCUUCCACGAAGACCACCCCGGACGCCCUGGACUGCUGUUACUCGCCAACAUCUUAGUCUCGGGGUUCGACCCUUGCGACACAGCGCCUGAGCCUGUGCGCUCUCGCCGGCCGCGAUGGGCGAUCCAGGAACGCGGCGGCCACGAGCGCAAGUUGACGGCUCUUGAGCUUGCCAUCAUCUCGGAGAGCAAGAUGCUCAUCAAGUCGCCGGCCUGCCAGCUCGUCGUGGACGCCGUGUACAAGGGAGUGGUGGUCUACACUCCGCUAUCGUUUGUCGACUUCCUCCCGGACCACUACAGAUAUCACCCGGUGUCGCUGUACGAACCCCGCCGUGCCGCCCUCCUCAACCACCGCCGACUGAUCGUCCCUCAGCUGCGGAAUAUCAUCGAGCUGGUGCAUUUCGCCAUACUUUUAGUGCUCUACAUGCUGACGGUGGCGCACUACGGUUUCGGCGGCGACAUGUCGGGCGUGCGCAUCUACGAGACGCUCUUCAAUGUGUUUACGUUGGGCUGGGUCCUCGAGCAGUUUGCCGCCGUGGUCGAGCACGGCUGGGAAGUCCAUGUCCAGAACCUCUGGUCUUUUCUUGAUGUGACGUUUGUCGUCAUCUACGCCACCUAUGGUCUCAUACGCAGCGUCGAGCUGCUCCUCGCCGACGACCCCUUCUACGCCCUCCCUGCGCUCUGCACCGCUGCCCCCGUGCUGCUCACACGCAUUGCUUUCACGCUCAUGCCCGACAACAUUGUCUUCAUUGCGUUACACGCCAUGAUGCGCGACUUUACGCGGCUGACCUUCAUCGCCAUCUGGUGCUUCGCCGGAUUUGUCAUGGCCUUGCUGUUGCUGGCACGAACAAGCGGCGACCUCAAUGUGGGCGUUACCUGGGCUACCAUUACCAAGUGGCUGCUGUGGAUCUGGUUCGGCCUGGACGGCACUGGCAUCGAGCGUGCGGCCGACUUCCACCUGAUUCUCGGCCCGAUGCUGAUGAUCACGUUUGCCUUUCUCGGCAACACGCUGUUCCUGACCAUCUUGGUCGCCAUGUUGACCAAUACAUUUUCCAAAAUCAUCUCCAACGAAGCCGCUGAGAUUCAGUUCCGCCGCGCUGUGCUCACCUUCCAAGGUGUCAAGAGCGACGCCAUCUUUUCGUAUCCACCGCCCUUCAACAUGCUCGCCCUACUUAUCCUGCUACCGUUAAAGCUCGUGGUCGGUCCGGCAGCAUUCCACCACAUCAACGUGGCCGCGAUUCGCUUCAUCAACGCACCGGUGCUUUUGCUCAUCAGCCUGUGGGAGCGCCGCCAGUUGUGGGCCAAGGGGUCGAAGACACGAAGACUAAAAUUUUGGCGCUACCUCAAAUUCCCCAGCUUGUCUCCCCACAGAGACAUACAGGCUGUAUUUAGCGCCGAGCCGCCGCCCGAUGUGAUCGACACGCUCGAGAAGCUGGAUCCCCUGGACGAGCUGAAGGCUGAACUGGAGUUGGUUGGGCCGCACACUCCCAGGGACUCGACGCGCCAAUCAUCACGGCGGCGCGAGACUUCCGACUCCAGCAGUCAUAGAAGGUCUGAUGGCUAG